AUGGAAAAUCAAAACAAUGUGACAGAGUUCAUACUUUUGGGUCUUACAGAGAACCAGAACCUUCGGAAACUGUUUUCUGCUGUGUUUCUAAUCAUGUAUGUUGUAAUGGUGUUAGGAAAUAUGCUCAUUAUGGUGACCAUGAUCACAAGCCAGAGUUUAAGAUCACCUAUGUACUUUUUCCUCACUUUUUUGUCCCUAGUGGAUACCGCAUAUUCUUCUGUCAUUGCCCCAAAGCUGAUUUUAGACUCCCUUUCUGAAAAUACUAUUAUCUCCUUUGAAGGAUGCAUGGCCCAGCUCUUUGCAGAACAUUUCUUUGGAGGUGUGGGAAUCAUUUUGCUUAUUGUGAUGGCCUAUGAUCGCUAUGUGGCCAUCUGUAAACCUCUUUACUACAUGAACAUCAUGAGUCCUCGGAUGUGUUCUAUACUGUUGGCAGGAACUUGGAUAGGGGGAUUAGCACAUGCAACUAUUCAGCUUAUUUUCAUGUAUCAAAUACCUUUUUGUGGUCCUAAUAUUAUAGAUCACUUUUUAUAUGAUAUGUUUCAGUUACUUACAUUGGCCUGCAUGGAUACCCACACACUGGGUCUCAUUGUCAUCUUCAACAGUGGGGUGAUGUGUAUGGCUAUCUUCAUUAUUCUAAUUGCCUCUUACAUAACUAUCCUGUGUUCUCUGAAAUCUUAUAACUCUGAAGGGAGACGCAAAGCCCUCUCCACCUGUGGUUCCCACUUCACAGUGGUUGUAUUGUUCUUUGUGCCAUGUAUUUUCUUGUAUGUGAGGCCUGUGUCUACCUACCCCAUAGACAAGGCCAUGGCUGUGUCAGAUUCAAUUGUCACACCCAUGCUGAAUCCUUUGAUCUACACAUUAAGGAAUAAAGAGGUGAAAAAUGCUAUGAAGAAACUUUGGAGGAGAUAA